AUGCAUCUUUGCCUAGAAAAUCACUCAAAAAAUCUGGUUGCGCUAUGGCAAGGUAAAUAUAAAGGCUUGGAUGAGGGGAAGGAAAGCUAUCAGCUUUCCGAAGCUCUCUGGGAAAGAAUCGGACAAGAAACUGCUCAAGCUGGGGACACGGUACCCUCAUCCUUCAGACAUCGUACCCCAAAUAUUUGGACAGAAAAGCACAUCUUCACAGCUGAAGAUUGGGCUUUCUGGAUGAUUCACAUAGCGCCGUAUGUUCUCAGGAACAGGUUCAACCGCCCCAAAUAUUACAAACAUUUCAUGAAAUUCAAUUCAAUCCUCAAACACACCAUUCAAUAUUCUUUCACAGAAAAAGACCUGGAUGAGUUGGAGCAAGAUAUCAUCGAUUAUGUGAAAGAAUAUGAAAUUAUUUACUACCAGUUUUUGGCUCAGCGUUUAUCUGCAUGCCCCCUCACUGUGCAUGCACUCCUUCAUAUCCCAUACGACAUUCGAAACAAUGGGCCACCAUGUAACAAUUGGACCUUCAUCAUGGAGCGUUGGUGUGGUUCGCUUUUACCUGCCAUCAAAUCUCGGAAACAACCAUUCACAUGCCUUGCGCUAAGGCAGUAUCAGGCAGCACAAUUAUUUGAGGUUGUAAACCGCUACAAUGUAACUCAGCUGAUGCCACUGAGACAUGAUAUGAAUGUCCCUUCACGGCAUGAGAAACGGUUUUCGAAGUCGGCCUAUCUUAUCUCUUUUUUACGCAACCCCAUCAAACACAACCAUACUCCUGACAUGACAAUUCGAAAGAAGAUUGCAAAACAUUUGACAACAUCUUUCAGUGGCUCAAUCAGAGCCUGGUUGGACAUCCUUCCACAAAUAAUGGAGCGCUGGGCGAAAGUUCGCAUUGGUAAUGGGGGCGAUCUUAUUCGAGGGGCCAUUGCACAGAUGAGCAGUCGGCAGAGUUUCCACGAUGCCUCUUUUGUCUGUUAUGAGUUGUUUGCUGACGCGAAUGCACACCGCCCACAAGCCAAAGAAGAUUUUGUUCGUACUGUCUACUAUGGGCGGCUCGAGUAUAUCCUUCACUGCACCAUCCCAUCAAACAUCAUAUCCAAAAAUACCGAGCCCGAAACCAUUCUUUUUGGCAUCAUUACCACUUGUGAUACCCAGGGACACAAUGCUACACUAGAGCUGACCUAUUUUAGAAGUUUGACAUCGUACAUUGAAAUCGUGGACUUGGCUGCAAUCUGCACAGUGGUGGGUCGCAUCCAAAUUGGCACCACGAAUCCUCAAUGGGUGAUUGUUGACCGGAGCGGUUCCUGGGCCUGCACCGCCUUCACGGAUGACUCACUGACUGUAGACGCUCCCCAACAAGAGGAACUCUGACAAAAAUCCAUUGUGUAUGCUUAGGAUACCUAGCUACGAAUCAAAUUUACAUCCAGCUUCCGAAUUGCGACUUUGUCUGGUCUACCAUGAGAUAAAAAUCCGGCUCUGUCCCGCCUCCAGCAAACAGUGGAACCGGUCUGUAAAAGAUCAGGAUAAAAAUCCUAUUCCACUGAGCCUGAAGGUAGCAGUCUGCGAAGUUACAUGAUAACGGACAAUGUCUUGUUUCCAAUAAUCGCACAAUGGUCAGGACUUUUCGCAAAAUCUUGACCUAUCACGUUACAAUAUCAUGGAAUCGCU